AACGCGAUAGCUGCUCGGCUCAAAAGCUCGAUCACUCGCUCACACACUCCACACACACACACACACCUCAGAGGCUGAGAGCAGCGCGAGCCCACGCUGGUGUCAGAGCCGGAGCCACGCGAGCCACGCAGAGAGCGAGAGAGCACGGGGAGGAGCGGAGUGUUCGUGGAGCCGGAGCGCGAGCGCACAAACAUCUCUCCAUUCAUCAGCGCGUGACCUUUGAAGAAAGAAAAGCAGCGGAGGUUUUUCCGAGGCUGUGAGAUCCGGAUCUGCUCCUUCAAGCACGAGGAGCCCAGGAAACCCGUGUGUGCGCCGAAGGACGCGCGGACGCCGGGACGAGGACGCGCGGACGCGGGGGAGUGGGGAGGCUCGCGUUUGGAGCCGUUGACGCGCACAACCUGGAGCCGCGCUGUCCACGCCAGCGUCUCACCACGGAGUUUGUUUCUGGAUGAGAUCCAGGACAGACUGAGGUUAUUAUUAUUAUAAUAUUAUAAUAAUAAGAAGAAGAAUCCUCAUCUCAGUGACAUGUAGUUGUCACACACUUUUUAAAAAACGCCGUGGGAUUUUUCCUGAGUGGGGUCCUGAAGGGUGUGGAUCUUUUUUCUGUUUUAUCUCUGUUUUGUUUGUUGGGUUUUUUUGGAGGAGGAAAAGAAUCGCGUUGGAACAUUAACAAAAAACAACUUUAAAGAUGGAUUUGGUGCCGUCGCUGGUUGGAUUUGUGUUGGUUCUGGUGCUGAGAGUCUCCGCAGAAGAGGCCUCGGGGUGCGGCGGCAUCCUGGACGCCAGUGAAGCGGGUUACAUCACCUCGCCCGGUUACCCUCUGGAGUAUCCACCGCACCAGAACUGCCACUGGAUCAUCACGGCACCGGAGCCGUCGCAGCGCAUCGUCCUCAACUUCAACCCACACUUUGAGAUCGAGAGGCUGGACUGCAAGUACGACUUCAUCGAGAUCCGCGACGGCACGCUGGAGAGCGCCGACGUCCUGGGCCGACACUGCAGCAACAUCGCGCCGGCGCCGAUCAUCUCCUCUGGCCCCUCCCUCCAGAUCAAAUUUGUCUCUGACUACGCCCACCAGGGGGCGGGCUUCUCUCUGCGCUAUGAGAUCUUCAAAACAGGGUCGGAAUUCUGCUUCCGUAAUUUCACCAGCCCCUCGGGAAUGAUCGAGUCCCCGGGUUUCCCCGACAAAUACCCGCACAACCUGGAGUGUUCGUACAUGAUCAUAGCUCCGCCCCGCAUGGACAUCACCCUCACCUUCCUCACCUUUGACCUGGAGAACGACCCCCUGCUGGUGGGAGAGGGCGACUGCAAGUACGACUGGCUGGACGUGUGGGAUGGACUGCCACAGGUGUCUCCUCUGAUCGGCCGCUACUGCGGGACAAAGAUCCCUCCGGAGAUCCAGUCGUCGUCCGGCCUGCUGUCGCUGUCCUUCCACACGGACAUGGCCGUGGCCAAAGACGGCUUCUCCGCCCGCUACAACCUGACGCACAAAGAAGUCAGCGACUCGUUCCACUGCAGCAUGGCUCUCGGGAUGGAGUCGGGGAAGAUCAGCGACGAUCAGAUCUCCGCCUCCACCACGUUCUACGACAACCGCUGGCUGCCGCGGCAGGCGCGACUCAACAACAACGACAACGCCUGGACGCCGGCCGAGGACAGCAACAAGGAGUACAUACAGGUCGACCUCCAAUUCCUCAAGGUGUUGACGGGCAUCGCCACACAAGGAGCCGUUUCCAAGGAGACGCAGAAGGCGUACUACGUCACCACGUUCAAGCUGGAGGUCAGCACCAACGGAGAGGACUGGAUGGUUUACCGACACGGCAAGAACCACAAGGUCUUCCACGCUAACACAGACCCGGCUGAGGUGGUCCUGAACCGCGUCCCACAGCCGGUCCUGGCUCGGUUCGUCCGCAUCCGACCGCAGACCUGGAGGAACGGCAUCGCGCUGCGCUUCGAGCUCUACGGCUGCCAGAUCACAGAUGCUCCAUGUUCUGACCUGCAGGGCCUGCUGUCCGGCCUGCUGCCCGACGCACAGAUCUCAGCCUCGUCCAGCAGGGACAUUGUGUGGAAUCCCAGCACCGCCCGCCUGGUGGCCAGUCGCUCCGGGUGGUUCCCUGCACCAGCGCAGCCUCUGGCUGGAGAGGAGUGGCUGCAGGUGGACCUCGGCGUCCCGAAGACGGUCCGCGGCGUGAUCACCCAGGGAGCGCGGGGAGGAGACGCCGGCAGCGGAGCGACCACGGACAAUCGAGCGUUUGUGAGGAAGUACAAGGUGGCGUACAGCCUCAACGCAAAAGAGUGGAAUUUCAUCAUGGACUUCAAGACCAGUCUUCCAAAGAUCUUCGAGGGGAACACGCACUACGACACGCCAGAGCUGCGGCACUUCGAGGAGACGGUGGCCCAGUACGUGCGCUUGUAUCCGGAGCGCUGGUCUCCGGCAGGGAUCGGGAUGAGAGUGGAGAUCUUGGGCUGUGACCUUCCAGAAACCCCCACUGUGGCCGACACCGCCACGCCGACCCCGCCGCCCGACACCGAGACCACCACCGCCCCCGCGACGACCACGGUGGCCACCUCGCCUCCGUCGGACAGCGUGUGCGACUUUGACCGCGGCCUGUGUGGGUGGACUCACGACCCCAGCGCCCCGCUCUUCUGGUCCCUGCACAGUCACGAGCUCAACAAUUAUCUCUACAUGGACGCCAGCCUGAAGACGGAGCAGCAGCGAGCUCGCCUCCUCAGCCCCGUGGUUCCGGCUGAAACCGGGCCCCUCUGCCUCCUCUUCUCCUACCAGCUGUUGGGCGAGGCCCAGGGUCACCUGAGGGUCCUGCUGCGCGACGCCCACAAUGAGGAGACGCUGCUCUGGACGCUCGCGGGCGACCAGGGCCCCGUGUGGAAGGAGGGUCGCACCAUCCUGCCUCGCUCCCCUAAAGACUUCCAGGUUGUGAUGGAGGGUUUCUUUGUGCACGGCACCAGAGGACACAUCUGGAUAGACAACAUCCACAUCAGCUCCAGCACCCCGCUGAAGGAGUGUACACAACCCUUCACUGCUUUUCCUCCCGAGAAUCCAGUGAGGAAACCCAAUGAGUUUGGAGACGGACGACUUUUCAGCGGCAGGGACCCGUUAGGAGGAGGUUUACAGUUUCCCGAGUGGAACACCGAGUCGCCGUCCUCCGAGCCGCCGGUGACGCGCAUCUCGGAGAAGGACAACUCGUGGCUGUACACACUGGACCCCAUCCUGGUCACCAUCAUCGUCAUGAGCUCGCUGGGCGUGCUGCUCGGCGCCAUCUGCGCGGGCCUCCUCCUGUACUGCACGUGCUCGUACAGCGGGCUGUCGUCGCGCUCCUCCACCACGCUGGAGAACUACAACUUUGAGCUGUACGACGGCCUCAAGCACAAGGUGAAACUGAACCAGCAGCGCUGCUGCACCGAGGCGUGAGGCGCCACAUCUCCACCUGCGGAUCCCCUGGACACGAGCGCAGGGGGGCGGAGAGAUUUUUAAGGCUUGUUUCUGUGAGAGGAACGCGCGUCAGUUACAGGUUCACUGGACGCUGUGCUACUUAAACGUGAUGUUUGGAAAGGUGUUAGGUUUAGGAAACGUCUUCUUUUAAUCACACGUGGACACCGUGGCCUAGAACUUAGAACUCCUUCUUCCUGUGGCACGUUUCUUUUCUUUGUUAUGAUUAUUUUCCUCUCUCGUCGCAGACUCUGCUCAGCCUCAGUUAUCCUGAGUCCCCCCCCCACACACACACACACACACACACCGACAGUCUGUGGUAUUUUUAGUCGCCGACGUUCCUCCGCUGUCUGUCUGUCUGUCUGUCUGUUCAGUGUUUUCAAGUCUGACGUCUGUGACGGCAGAUAAGUCGAGAGAAGAAGAAGGAAAA